AUGCUGUGGGGCGACUUCCACGGCCACUACGGAGCCAAAACAAAAAAGCAGCGACCCAGACAUUCCCAACCACUGGCGUUCGGGCCGUGCUGCGCGCGCGCCGUCCUUCCGUUACGAAGCGCCGGAGCGUACUGGACUGGACGGGGCGAGCCAGCUCGGCGGAGCCAACGCCCGUUCACCAAUUCACCUCUUAUCUCGCGACGACAGCACUCGACCGUUUACUGGACCGCUUGCUCGCCGCACCCACUCGACCGGCGACUUAGCACGAGGGCGUUGUUGUAUCGCGAAUGGCGUCGCAUUAAAACGAACACAUUCGACGUAAAGACGCCGAGAGAAAGGGCCGCACUUCCCAUG